AUGAAGAGUUUUACAAAGAAAUUAGCUACCGUCAAACAGAUGGGUAUGGAGAAGAUGGGAAAGACAGAGUCACACGCCGAUAACGAUGCCACCAAAGAGACAAAAGAGAAACUACGUGUCAUCAAGACAGAAUAUCACGAAAUCUAUACAACUGGAAAAUUAUAUUGUCAAGAGACUGAAAAAUCUGUACAAACAGGUGUACAAUUUGCUGAUGCACUUACACAUUUCGGUGGUGGUUUCAUCGGUGAUGCUGCCGUGGCAGAGGUACUCUCGAGAAUUGGAGUGCAGUUGAAAUCGGUGGAACAAGCCAGACAGAAUUGCAAUAACAAUUCGAUGACAUCGUUGGUUACACCGGUCGGAAAGUUCCAGGACACCGAGAUCAAGAAAGCCAGAGACGCCAAGCAUAAGCAAGACGCGAUUCGUCUGCGUUACGACACUCAUCUCGAGAAGCUCGCUGAUCUCAAGAAGAAGAACGAUCCGAAUUCACUCAAGGUGAAGACCACCGAGCAAGAGUGCAACGACAUCAAGGAGGAGUACGAUGUUGUCAACAGAGAGUUUGCCGAGAUCAUGGAGCAUCUUAACGCCGAGAUGAACAAACAACUGGUUGCAGAGCUACGUGAAUACGCUCUCCAACAACUUUCAUUCUAUAAACAGGCCAGUGCACUUUGGGCAGAGGCUGAUGAACUACUUUCAAACAUCAACUAA